UAAGAAGACCAGACUUUGCCACUCCAGUUUUGGAAUGUGCACCAUGGGGCUUGUUUUGCUCAACAUGACAAUUUUACUAAUAGUUUGUGCUGUCGGUUUUCUACUUGAGGCAAAGGCUUUUACUCUCAACCAAGAUGAAAUAGAUCUGACGCUGCACAAGAACUGGCCUCUGGUGUAUCACGACGAGAACUGUGGCCGCAGCAAACUGCCGCUGACUCACAAGUCUAUUGGUGGCCACAAUGUCGACUUGGGAAAAUACCCGUGGAUGGCACGUCUUGUCUACAGAUCUUCCAAAGACGAUGCCGAGACCGGAGCCUGCGGUGGAUCCCUGAUAAACAAACGCUACAUCCUCACAGCGGCUCACUGCUGCAUUGAUGAACCUAAAAAUGUACACGGAGCAGUGUUGGCAUACGUUACAUUGGGAGAAUAUGAUGUUCAUCAUAUAAGGGACUGCUACAGAGGAAACUGCGCACCUCGCGUCUUGGAAGUUGAAAUUGAAAAUGUCAUGAAAUAUCCUCUACACCAAAAAAAGAACCUCUUUUCAAAUGAUAUUUGUUUAAUUCGACUCACCCAAGACGUCGAGUUUACUGAUUAUAUACAGCCAGUUUGCCUUCCCUCCGCAAUAGACAACGAUGAGAAGAACUUAUAUUAUCUGAACAUGACAGUGGCAGGAUGGGGAACCAUGGAAAAUUUCCCUCAAACCAGACAUCCACAUGCACUCCAAGAUGUCGACGUUGUCGUCAGACCUACGGAGUUCUGUGAUGUCCGACUAGGAAUGCAAUUUGACUGGGUGAGUCAGAUCUGCGCAGGACCGAAUGAGCCUGACAUUAGCCCUUGCCCUGGGGACUCUGGGGGUCCUCUCAUGUACUACAACACCACAGGAAGCUCAGGCAGAUAUGUGGUCAUGGGUAUCGUCUCUGGUGGCUUCCCUUGUAUGCACGGCAACCUCGAGGCCCAUCCUGGCAUCUACGCGAGAGUGUCCACCGCAAUGCCUUGGAUUUUAAACAGCAUCCACUAUCUGGCGAUGCACAAGAACUGGCCGCUGGUGUAUCACGACGAGAACUGUGGCCGCAGCAAACUGCCACUGGCUUCCAAGUCUAUUGGUGGCCACAAUGCCGGCAUGGGGGAAUACCCGUGGAUGGCACGUCUUGUCUUCAGAUCUUCUAGAGACGAUUCCGAGACUGGAAGCUGUGGUGGAUCCCUGAUAAACAAACGCUACAUCCUCACAGCGGCUCACUGCUGCCUUGAUGACCCUAAAAAUGCACUCGGAGCAGUAUUGGCAUACGUUACAUUGGGAGAAUAUGAUGUUCAUCAUAUAAGAGACUGCUACAGAGGAGACUGCGCACCUCGCGUCUUGGAAGUUGAAAUUGAAAAUGUAAUGAAACAUCCUCUUUACCAGAAAAAGAACCCUUUUGCAAAUGAUAUUUGUUUAAUUCGACUCAUCCAUGACGUCGAGUUUACUGAUUAUAUACAGCCAGUUUGUCUUCCCUCUGCAAUAGACAACGAUGAGAAGAACUUAUAUUAUCUGAACAUGACAGUGGCAGGAUGGGGGACCAUGGAAAAUUUCCCCCAAACCAGACAUCCACAUGCACUCCAAGAUGUCGACGCUGUCGUCAUGCCUACGGAGUUCUGUGACGUCCAACUAGGAAUGCAAUUUGACUGGGAGAGUCAGAUCUGCGCAGGGGCGAGUGAGGCCAGCAUUAGCCCUUGCCCGGGGGACUCGGGGGGUCCUCUCAUGUACUACAACACCACAGGAGGCUCGGGCAGAUAUGUGGUCAUGGGUAUCGUCUCUGGCGGCUACCCUUGUGUGUACAGCAACCGCGAGGCCCAUCCUGGCAUCUACUCUAGAGUGUCCACCGCUAUGCCUUGGAUCUUAAACAGCAUCCACUAUCUGACGAAGCACAAGAACUGGCCGCUGGUGUAUCACGACGAGAACUGUGGCCGCAGCAAACUGCCGCUGGCUCGCAAAUCCAUUACUGGCCGCAACGCCGACAUGGGAGCAUACCCGUGGAUGGCACGUCUUGUCUACAGAGCUUCCAAAGACGAUGCCGAGACUGGAAGCUGUGGCGGAUCCCUGAUAAACAAACGCUACAUCCUCACAGCGGCUCACUGCUGCCUUGAUACUGCUGCGAAUGCAUACGGAAUGGUGUUACCUACGGAGUUCUGUGAUGCUGAAAUAGAAAUGCAUUUUGACUGGGAGAGUCAGAUCUGUACAGGGGCGAGCGAACCCAACACAAGCCCUUGCCCUGGGGACUCUGGGGGUCCUCUCAUGUACUACAACACCACAGGAGACUCAGGCAGAUAUGUGCUUAUGGGGGUCACCUCUGCUGGAUACGUUUGUCUCCAAAACAACCUGAAGGUCCGUCCUAGCAUCUACGCUAGAGUGUCCACUCCUACAGACCCCAGACGUCAAAGGAACAGCAGAUCUAUCGAGAACGCCGCCAAUGUCCGUGAAAGUGUGCAGAGGAACCCGAGGCAGUCAAUUCCUCACCAUGCAAAAGAACUUGGCCUUUCACAAACUUCAACUUGGCGAAUUUUGCGUCUGGAUCUAGGACUGCAUCCCUACAAAAUGCAUCUGACCCAGGAGCUUAAAGUUUAUGACCGUAGACAACGCCGUUUGUUCACCGAGUGGACUUUGGAGCGUAGAGAUAUUGGUAUUCCUGACGGUGAUGUUCGUGGUGUUCGUCAUUCUUUGAAAAUCUUUUCUACCGAUGACUCUACUAACGAAAUCCCAGACGAUGAUCGUCCUUUUGAUGAGCCACCCUCAGACGAUAACCCUGAUGAAUCAUCCAGAGGUGAUGACACUCAAUCAGACGAUGAAUACAGUACAUCAUCUGAUUCUCCUUCAGAUGAAGACUAUUAUGAAGAUAUAUCAACAACUUCAAUAUAUGACUCUGAAGAGAAUUACGAGUCCAGUGAUGAGUCAGAGGAGACAUCAGAUGAAGAAGAUGAUACCGAUGAUUAUGAAGAGUAUUACGAGUACAGCGAUGAGUCAGAGGAGACAUCAGAAGAGGAAGAUGAUACCGAUGAUUCUGAAGAUUAUUACGAGUACAGCGAUGAGUCAGAGGAGACAUCAGAAGAGGAAGAUGAUACGAAUGAUUCUGAAGAAUACGAGUCCAGUGAUGAGUCAGAGGAGACAUCAGAAGAGGAAGAUGAUACGAAUGAUUCUGAAGAAUACGAGUCCAGUGAUGAGUCAGAGGGGAUAUCAGAUGAAGAAGAUGAUACGGAUGAUUAUGAAGAGUAUUACGAGUACAGCGAUGAGUCAGAGGAGACAUCAGAAGAGGAAGAUGAUACCGAUGAUUCUGAAGAUUAUUACGAGUACAGCGAUGAGUCAGAGGAGACAUCAGAAGAGGAAGAUGAUACGAAUGAUUCUGAAGAAUACGAGUCCAGUGAUGAGUCAGAGGAGACAUCAGAAGAGGAAGAUGAUACAAAUGAUUCGGAGGAAUACGAGAUCAGCGAGGAGUCAGAUGAGGCAUCAAGAGAGGAAGAUGAUACAAAUGAUUCAGAAGAAUACGAGAUCAGCGAGGAGUCAGAGGAGACAUCUGGAGAAGAAGGUGAUAUAAGUCCUGAAUUGACGGAGCACGAUAACUGGGAGCUCUUGGACAACAAAGGCCACUGUGGUAGGAGGCAGCCUCCCCCCACCGACAAGACUAUUGGUGGCCAGAACGCCAGACUGGCAGAGUACCCUUGGAUGGCUCGACUCAUAUACAGAGGCAAGGAUGACAGUGAAAUGGAAGCCUGUGGUGGAUCUGUGAUCAGCAACCGAUACGUCCUCACUGCUGCCCAGACGAAGACUAGAAUCCAUAUUAUACUCAGUAAUCUACUUAAUUUUCCAACAGCCAAGGAUGACAGUGAAAUGGGAGCCUGUGGUGGAUCUGUGAUCAGCAACCGAUACGUCCUCACUGCUGCCCAGACGAAGACUAGAAUCCAUAUUAUACUCAGUAAUCUACUUAAUUUUCCAACAGGCAAGGAUGACAGUGAAAUGGGAGCCUGUGGUGGAUCUGUGAUCAGCAACCGCUACGUCCUCACUGCUGCUCACUGCUGCCCAGACGAAGAUUCGGAUCCUCUGGUUAUUGUGAGGCUUGGCGAGUAUGACGUACACUACCCGAAGGACUGUUUCCAAGGCCGAUGUGCACCUUCUCCUCAAGAGUACAGCAUUGUGGAAAUGACCAAACAUCACAAUUACGACCCCCAAACUCUGAGGAACGACAUUUGCCUUCUCCGUUUGAGUGGUGAAAUCGAGUUUAACGAGCCUGUGGGAAGACUGCCAGACAUCUUGCAGGAGGUGAAGCUGCGAGUGGUGUCUGGGCUGAAAUGCAGGAUCUGGGACUUCGAUGGGUAUGACGCCGACACCAUGAUCUGCGCAGGGGACGUUGGGCGAGACGCAUGCGCAGGAGACUCCGGCGGACCCCUCAUGUAUGCUGACCUUGAAGAUACGGAGGACGGAGCACCAAAACAGUACCAACUCGGCAUCGUUUCCUCUGGAAUGCCUUGUUCCCCCGAGGACAGUGAUCCCACAUCCGGAGAAUACACGAAGGUUAUCCCUAUCACACCCGUGCAUUUCCAAAGAGCAAAGUAUAAUUUAGAUUUCAAAAUGGUGCCAAAAACCUUAAUAUUUUUAACUUUAUUUUUUGUGACAGAUGCUUUUCAUUUACAUAGAUAUCAAGAUGACGUUACAGAACACGAGAACUGGCCUCUCCUGGAUCUCAAGGACGUAUGUGGCCGCAGCACCACCUGGUGGACCAGGAAGACGAUCGGUGGCCACAACGCUGACUUGGCGGAAUAUCCUUGGAUGGCUCGGCUCAUAUACAGACAAUCAAUGAAGAACAAUGGUGAGACAGGACUUUGUGGUGGUUCUGUUAUAAACAAGAGAUACGUGUUGACCGCUGCACACUGCUGUACUACUGUCUACGACGGCGGCCUGUCAUACGUCAAGCUGGGAGAGUUCGAUAUCCAUCAUACGAAGGACUGCCGCAGAGGGAAGUGUUCACCACCACCCUUGGAGAUCGGUAUCGAGGAGAUCGUUAUGCACCACAAGUACGACUCAAAUUCAUUGAAGAACGACAUUUGUUUGCUCCGCUUGAGUGAAGAUAUUGAGUUUAGUGAUUAUGUGAAGCCAAUAUGUCUCCCCACAUCUAAAGACAUGAUGGAAAGAAGUUUCGUCGGCUCUACCCUGACUGUGGCGGGAUGGGGGUAUCUUGAACAGGAGCCCGAGACAAGAACCCCUGAGGUUCUCCAAGAGGUCAGAGUCCGAGUACUAUCGGACAAGAAGUGUCCCGAUCUGGAGGAGUUUGAAGAAAGUACACAUAUCUGCGCAGGAGACGCUCAAAUACAGGACUCCUGCGCAGGUGACUCGGGCGGUCCAUUGAUGUACACCACUGUGGAGGGGGGAGCAGCUACACACUACCUCGUAGGCCUGGUCUCCUCUGGGCCUCCCUGCUCUCACGAGCUCACUGCAUACUCUCCCGGCUACUACACGAAAGUCUCCAAAUAUAUCGAUUGGAUUUUGGAUACAAUUUAUGAGUAAAUACAUCUCUAUACUUACAAUGCAGGUGUUUAAUCUCAAAUAAAACUGGAACAUUCUUUUAUGUGCAUUUUAUAAAAUGUUUUGCAUAUUAUAGAAUCCAACAUAUACGUUUUAAUAUAUAAAAAAAUCAGGUAUUAUUUAAUAUUAUGAUCUUAAUAAUUAAUAAGAGAGUUUUGAAGUG